AUGCACUGCAAAGCCGGGGCAGAAGGGAGAUCCCUGACGGCUCUGACAGACCUGAGAGCCCAGAGGGUCCAGAGCACCGGCAUGUCUGUGACAGAGGAGCAGCAGAGGAGUUCAGGCACCGAGGCCUCCACAGCUCCCAGCAGGAUGGACACUCCGUCCCGCUCGUCUCACAGGAUCCUGCUGCUGCAGAUGUGGUGCUGCCUCCUCACCUUGUCUCUGGUCGUCAUGGCAACGCUUCUCAUUUCCAUCAAAUCCAGACCGGUGCAGGUGAGCGUCCUGGACCUCCGCUCUGUGGACGGCCCAUCGUGGCAGGACCAUCUGAGCUGCGACUCCUGUUCCCUCCUCCUGAGGAACAACUCCAUCUACUGCAGCAGAACCGGGCCCGCUCCGUACUUCAUCUACGCUCAGGUGGUCUUCAUGAAGGGUGGUCAGGGCGGGUCUGUGAGGCUGAGCCGGACCUCGUCCUCCUUGGGGAGAGAUCAGAAGCUGGUGGAGGCCUCGGCUCCUGCAGGAGGCUCGGUCAUGGUGGUGAAGGUCAUCAAGCUGAGAGGAGGAGACCGUGUCAGCUUGGAGGUCAGAGGAGAAGCUCAGAAUGAUGACACCUUCUGGGGAGCGUUCCAGCUUCACUGA